UCGGUGCGAGUGCGGAUAUUAAACCGCAGCUGCCUCCGUACAGUGCCGUACUGGUAUCGCUUUGCCGGCUGCAGAUAAUUUUCAUGUUUGAGAAAGCGACCGAUUAUUCUUAUUACUCGUAGCACAGUACCGCUUAUUCUGCAGUGACGCAGUCACCGGGCUGAGCUUGAAACACAGAAUCAUCCAAAUGCACUGCAUUACUUUUAAGCUCUCAUGUCCCGACCACAUUUCUAUGGAUCAUCUUCUGCCUCCCAGCUGAUACUUUACUGAUUGAAGUCGUUCUAAUAUACGUCGUACUCGUAUAUCGUCGUAAGAAUAUUAUUUUAUUUUUUCUUCUGCGUCCUGCCGAAAAACUGAUAGGAUUGUCCACGGAAAUAACUACUAAAACUAUGCAUGCGAGAUCCUUGCUUCCGAACAAUUUCUAAACACCUUGAGUGGAUCUUUCGUUAUAGCAGCAGUACGAGAAAAUGUGAUGAUGGUUUUCCUCAUAUAAAAACUGACUGCAGAUAAAACCAGAGGUUUGCCAGUAGAUCAAUGUACGUAAACUGUGCUGGGAAGAGUGGAUAUCUACUGAAACAGCAGCAAAUUUCUGCUGCUGUUGAAAUUCUGGGAACAUCAGUGCAGGCAAUCCCCUACCGAAACCAAACGCCGUCGCCGCUCAGUGCCAAAAAUGCAAACCGAAAUAAAGGAGGUGCAGCCACACUGGGAACAAAGAUGGGAUCAGCGUUUUAAUGCCGAGGACCCAGCACAACAAGAAAUCGUGGAUUUAUUCGACAAAGGUCACACUGCCUCCUACAUUAUGCGCAAGACUUACUUGACCCGUUACUACAUUAAGCAGAUCUUGUGCGCAGCCGGCAGGACGGGCAUGUUUAGAAAACGGAAUAAUAGUGUCAUCAACUGCACUUACUUACCAGCGGUUGCAAGUAACUGUUCCACAACUGUUCAGUACUUGUUGGACCAGUCAUGCUCGCCAUCUAGCAUCCAAACAUCGCAGAGCGUAUCAGAGAAAGGGACAGAAACUAGCAGGACGCGGAACGUGUAUACCCUGACUCCUAAAGACAUACAGAAAAUCCUGGAUUUGUUCGACGAAGGUCACACUUGCUGUUACAUUAUGCAGGAGACCAGUGUGUCUGUCCACUACAUCAAGCAACUUUUGCUCGCAGCGGGUAGGACCUUUCGCGGACGGAAUCAAAAAAAGUACGACGCAUUGCGACCGACUGUUCUCAAGCUAUUCGAGCAGGGCUGGUCUCUCCGAGCGAUAAGAGAUCGCGUUAGAACUUCGCAGUUUAAGGUGAAAAACAUAUUGAGGAACGCCGGUUUACCUCCCAAAACACGAUUGGCAAAAAGAUCGGCGUUGCAGUCCACAGGAUAUAAUAAUCAUGAUGACACUGCCAUGAUCCUGGAUCAGAAUAAUUUACAGCUGCUACCGAAUUCGUGUUGUGGAAAAAGAAGCAAUCCAGAAGAAUUUGGACAUCAGCUGGAUCCACUCGCCGAAGAUUUGCUGCUGUCAAAGUCCCCAGGCGAAGCACGUGCGGCUGGUGCUAGUAUUUUGCUGGAUGAUGGACAACGCGGAUAUCCCACAGAGAAUGUAGGGCUGUGUCAGAAGGAAACGGGCAUUGCUCAAGAUCGAAGCGUGGCGGAAAAUCAGAAGGGUAUGGAUAUUCCGGACGUUGGCUUCGAUACAGGAAUUACACCUGGGCAACUUAUCUCUGACCAAAGAGAAAAGAAAGAAGAAAUUUUGCAAUACUCCAGUGCUUCCCCGGACGAAUGUGUAGCCGCUGCUUCGGAAAUGCCCUUGCUUCCGCCAGAUAAUGCGACCAUGAGAUGCAGUAGCGCAAGAUAUCAGUGCCAGACUUGCCGUUUAUACUGGGAUGACGAGAAAGACUUCCUUCUGCAUUUGGCUGACAAAGAACACGAACAGCUUUGUUUCGCAGGAGUUUUCUUAUAUUGUACAGGAUGUAAAUUUAGAACCCGAAAACCGGCAACGAUGGGUGCACACAUUGUUAAGUAUCAAUCGCAAAAUGCGCUGCAGGACUGUAGCAUGCACUGCAUUAAACUGUCCACUGAUUUAUUGGUGUGAAGUCCAUAGCUGAACCUAAAUUGUUUCCAGGCUUACCUAGCAUGCUGCCCGCUGUGAGUGCCCACUCACCUUUCAUUAAAUUACGUAAUCCUUUUAAAUGCCGUUUUUUUUAGCGCAUUUCGCGACUUAUGAAAUCCACAAACUUCAUGGACACUUAGAACAGCAUUUUUAUUUCGAUUGCAUACUCGUAUAUUCUUUAGAUGUAACAAUAAUCUGAAUCAUGAAUGUUCUGCUUGCCGUUUUUAUUUCUAUGAAUAAGAAUAAAAUCCACGUUUUAUGUUAUUUUGGUUUUAUGUUGACCGUUACAGAAUAGUGCAAAAAGAUAGUGUACGGAAUGAAAAGUGCACACAUUUUAAUAAACUUCUACAAAGCU